GUUCAGUUUGGGCUACGAACCCCGUCUAGUGAACUCUUAGAACGAUAAAAUUAAUCAGUUCUUUUUUUGCUCGAAAACAUUUUCGUUAACGUGUCAAAUAAAACAUUUUUUUAAAAUAAAUAAUGGCUCAAGGAACUCAACAAUCCGAAGAAAUGCGUCCAAAAAACGUUUAUUCCAUCGAACAAUUGUUGGGAAUGGCUAAAAGUUCUCCGUCAAAAGAAAAACAACCAGAAGUGGAAGAGCCACGUUUGGAAAUUGCCAGCGAAGGUGAACUAAACGAAGUCGAUUUACAAGAAGAUCAAGGCGACCAAGAACGACCAAGGAAAGUACGAAGGUCGCGAACUACCUUUACCACUUUUCAAUUACAUCAAUUAGAAAGAGCUUUUGAAAAAACACAAUAUCCGGAUGUUUUUACAAGAGAAGAAUUAGCUGUUAGGUUGGAUUUGAGUGAAGCUCGUGUACAGGUUUGGUUUCAAAAUCGACGAGCCAAAUGGCGAAAACGCGAGAAAGCCAUGGGAAGAGAAGCCACACCGUUUAUGCAUCACGAACAAGCGCUUCCAGAAUUUGCUAUCCAUCCUAGAUUGGGUAUGCCCCCGGUUCCACCGGAAGGUUUUUGGCACGGACUCCCUCUCCCGUCGGUGUUUAGUUAUCCAUUGGCUUUUCCGUGGGGUGCAAAACCGCCGAUGUCUCUUCCGUUCCAUGCGUUUUUAUCACAAUACGUUUUGGCAAAUGGAGCACCUCCUCCGUCGAGUUUACCAGCACCUUCUGAAGAUAGAUCACGAAGCACCAGUCCUGAAGUGACUCCGAAUUGUCCUCCAUCACCAUCGAGGACGAUGGAAGCGCUCAGAAUGAGACAACAAGUAUCAAGGUCAUCACCUCAACAUCAUCAAUUACACGCGUCUUAAGUGUGAUUUUGUUUGAAAUUGUUUUGUACAUAGCAGGAUUAGUGAUUGAGUAAUUAGUGGAUAUUUAUUACAAUCCCGUUCCCCCGUUACAAGUGAUAGAAAAACCUACUUUGAGUAUGGAAAAACCUUUUCAGUGUAAUAUAGUAGUAUUAAUCUGGUGUAUAUAAUAUUGUAUCGAUCGUUUGAUGAUAUAGUGACGAAUGUAUUUAGUGUAUUAUUAUUGUAUUAUUCAAAAUAGACACAAAAAACCGUAUAACGUGUAAUAUAAUAUGUCAAGUUCUUUAUAAGAUAAAUAAAAUAAGAACGUGCAAUUAA